AUGCGUGAAAUCGUGCAUGUACAAGCAGGUCAAUGCGGCAAUCAAAUUGGAGGUAAAUUCUGGGAAGUUAUAUCCGAUGAGCAUUGCAUAGAUGCUACUGGCACCUACUAUGGUGACAGCGAUUUGCAGUUAGAGCGUAUUAAUGUUUAUUAUAAUGAAGCGUCUGGAUCGAAGUAUGUGCCUCGGGCUAUUCUAGUAGAUUUGGAACCAGGUACAAUGGAUUCAGUACGCUCGAGUACUUUUGGUCAAAUCUUCAGGCCCGAUAACUUUGUAUUCGGGCAAUCGGGAGCCGGUAACAACUGGGCAAAAGGCCACUACACAGAAGGUGCCGAAUUAGUUGACUCAGUUUUGGACGUUGUUCGUAAAGAAACUGAAGGGUGUGAUUGUUUGCAGGGCUUCCAAUUGACACACUCUUUGGGUGGUGGCACCGGUUCGGGUAUGGGAACAUUAUUGAUAUCAAAAAUUCGUGACGAAUUCCCGGAUCGAAUUAUAAACACAUUUUCGGUGGUACCAUCGCCUAAAGUCUCGGAUACAGUGGUGGAACCCUACAACGCCACGUUGAGCGUUCAUCAAUUGGUAGAAAACACCGACGAGACUUAUUGUAUAGAUAACGAGGCGUUGUACGAUAUAUGCUUUAGAACUUUAAAGCUAACCACACCAACCUAUGGCGAUUUAAACCACUUAGUAUCAGCCACCAUGUCCGGUGUCACUACGUGUUUGCGUUUUCCCGGUCAGUUAAAUGCGGAUUUACGUAAAUUAGCUGUGAAUAUGGUUCCAUUUCCACGAUUACAU